UCCCGCGGGGCAGAGGGCGGGCUAGAGCCAGUGCGGGGGAACCUCCAUCCCCCUCCCAUCGUGCAGAAGGCCACUAGCUCCCUGGCGGCCCGCAGCGCGGGUCGGCGCCCCACGCAGCCGGAGUUUUCCGGGCACCCAUGGAGAGCCAAGAGUGUUGGGGUUCAUCCCUGCUGUCCGAUUUUCACGACACGACAGAAAGAUCCGCUUACCCCAAAGCCCUCCACAAGCCCUUGGUAGUCAGGAUCUACAACGUGCACAAGCCUGAGGAGGAGCCUGACGAAGCCGAAGAACAUGGCCAGCGAGACGAGUGCGAGGGAACCCGGGAGCUCCACGAAGCCUAUGAGCCCCACAAACCCUCCGAGCCCCGCACUCAUACGCCCCAGGAGCCCUACGCACCCUAGCCCCAAGCCCCCCAGCGAGCCGCACAAGCUUCAUGCGUCGCGUGAGCCCCAGGUGCCCCAUGCUGCCCACAAGGCCCACAAGGCCCACAAAGCCAAGCUGCUUCCCCACGCCGUGGUCCUCUCCCCAUCUCUGAUGACCAGAUUUCUGCCACGGAUUCCUCAGUGUUCCCUGAGCGAUCCUGGUCCCUGUGACUUUGUAAGGAAUUGUUUUUUUUCUAGGAAGAGACUGCAGGAUCUUUCUAGGCCUAAAAAACAAUGGGGAAACCCAGAUAGAGGACUGUGUUGGGGAAAUCAAGAUCCUAUUCGCCCUAUUUCCCAGAGUGUUUUGAAGGCUCAGCUGAACAAAAGAUUAGAGAACCUUGCCAAGCCCAAGGAAGUCUACCAAUAUGUACCUAACAGGUUAAUGUUGGCUCAAUAUUAUUACAGCUGUGGUAGAGAGUCUGUAAUCUGGGAGAUCCCUUCUCCUGUACUGCUUAGAAAACCUUCCCAAAGGAUGCAGAAGCUGGCACAGCCCAACAGAUUCAAGAAAGAGCAUCUAAUAGAUAGGUCCUUCAGUGAUCACUUAAAAGAUUCUCUUCAAAUCUUUGCUCCUUCUCCCCGGAUAUUACAACUCGCAAAAGCCAAAGGCACAAAUCCAAACUAUGUUCCUCCCAAAAGUGUUGAAACCAACAUUCCAAUUUCUGUCCUGAGUGCUGUUGCAACUCCAAGAAUUAUAGACCUUGCUCCUCCAAGGAUCAAGAUAGAGGGUCUGUGCUAUCCAACAGAAAUAAGUGAAAAACCCAUCCGUCCUGUUUCCCAAGCUGCCUUGCUAGCCAAACCUAGCCCUCGGAUAAUAGCUCUAGCUAAGGCCAAGUCUCUUCAUCAAGAUUAUUUACCUGCUUGUGAACCCUACUGGCGAGUGUCUUCUGCUGCUAUCCAUUAUAAAACAUCUCCCAGAAUUCAAGAACUAGCUAAUCCAAACACAAGGACUCCUGUGCAUAUUCUAUACUACGAUCCAGAGGUCUUUAACGUCAAGCCAGCUGCUUUGAAAUCACAAUGUUCUCAGAGGAUCCAGGAGUUGGCAGAACCUAUUAUUCGUUAAAUACAGAAAGCCACAUCAAACUCUAGUUAUGUAUCCAGAAGACAUAUUAGAUAUCUUAGUUCCCUACUCUGAUACCGUCAGCUUGUAUUCCUCCCCAAACUGCAAAAACAUAUGAGCCCUCCGGGGAACACACUGUGACCAUCAGUGAGCUGCUGUUACCUGAAUCAUGUGUUCAGCAGGUGUGGGGACUCCAGCAUGCAAUAAAAGAGAAAAGAUAGUCUGCCUUAUCCUUACUAUGUCUCACAAGCAUCUUGGUGGUCGCAGUGCUGUGACUGACCUGAAGAAACACUCUUCCUGAUAUUUGCCAGUUUUGCUUUUCUUGUCCUGGUGAGAUCCGUGCUCCCCAAGAGCUGCUCUUGCCCCAAUCCCUUCCUUAAUAAGUCCUGAGAAUUGGAAACAUUCUUUGUGUUACUUUUCCAACCUCCCCUCAUUCCCAAGAAAGAACACUGAAAUAGUGAAGCUGUUUUGGGUAAAUUGAAAAGCUUUUUAUAAUCUCUAAACGAAAUUUAAGGAACAGGUUCCCUUAAAUGAUCACACCUUCCAUUCCUUCACUCACCCUCAAUGUCAUUUAUUAUGAAUAACAGAAAAGGCCAGGCAUUGGGUGAGCAUUAUAAUUCUCUGUCAAAUUUCAUCUGCCCAGACUUUUCAUUUAGUUUGUUUUAUUCUCUCCAUGGAUAAAUAUUUUACAAAUUAAACUAACUUUUAUGGCAUAUCUAGAUUUACAUGAAAAUGAACUUAUUUGAAAACCAAUUUUACAGACGAAUGGCUCUAUCUCUAAGGCUUUUGUGUUAAGGAGAUAACUAGUGUUAUGGAGAGACAAUAUCAUACAGUAGUUUUGAACUUGAGUUUUGGAAUCAGACAGACCUGGGUUUGUAUCCCCCAUGGAUUAUUUACUAAGUAUGUGAUUUUGAACAAAUUCCCUAACUCCUUGUGCCUCAGUUUCUUUAUGUGUAAAGUGGGUUCCUACUGCAUUACUGUAGAUUAA